GUGUGUUUAAUAUAUUACAAAACUGAAUUUUUAGUCUCCUCGUUUUGCAAGAUCAUUUUGAAUUUAUUCAUUUCUCACACAAAUAAUUCAAAACACAGAGGUCUGCAUUAUUAUCGAGUGUUGAAUUCACAUUGUGCUUGGGAGGAUGUGGCAUAUGAAAAGAUGGCUAAAAUAAGACACUGACCGCAGUCACUCAUUGUUCCUAUUCCUCAGAUGCUUUCCUUUUUUCAUAAAAAUACAUAUUUCCAUGAAAGCAACAUUGGAAAACCAUGUUAUCUUUAGACGUUUGUUUGUCCCAAGUAAAACAAUUCUUUGAAUACAAUUUCAAUAGGACCUCAUUCCUCUGAUGUUUUUAAAUUUGGUUUUAUGUAACAUACACAGGACAUAAGCAUGUUUAUUAAAACACUGUCAAGGCUUAAAAACAAAAUGCUUUGCUCUCCUCAAGGUGGGAGUAAAGAUAAGUACCUGCCAGUGUACAGAGAGAGGACACUUUAGUUCAUAACCAAAACAUACAGGGGGUAGGAGGGGAAUCGGAAUAUUUAUCAAGCUCUGAAUCAGAUCUCCACAUCAUGGCCUCUGUAUUUAAAAUUAUGGGAUAUCCUUACCAUUUAAAUUGUAAGUACAAAGCCCAGAGUCAAUAGAAAUGAUUUUUGUAUUAGCUACACUGCUAUUGGGAAACCCUGGUGGCAUAGUGGUUAACUGCCAUGGCUGCUAACCAAGGAGUCGGCAGUUCAAAUCCACCAGGCCCUCCUUGGAAACUCUGUGGGGCAGUUCUACUCUGUCUUACAGGGUCGCUAUGAGUCAGAAUCGACUUCAAUGGCACUGGGUUACACUGCUAUUCAGUUAAGUUCUCACGAUUACUCCUUGUAUAUCAUCUUUCCAAGUUAAAUGCCAGAAUUAGUCUGUUAGAACAGAAUUUGUCAUUACAUAGUUUCUCUCUACGUGUACUGUAAUUAUUAUAAAGACUAUCAAAUGGUCCUUAUUCUGUACUCCAGGUAAGAAUUUUAAUACAUCAGUUUCUUAAAUAGGACCACAUCUAUUAAUGAGAAAAUGAGGAAUAGCUUAUAUUUUGGGGGCAAAAGGAGGUUUAUAUGAGUACACCAAACCAAGUUUAGUUUAUAUCUUUAAACAAUUUUAUUUUUCUUUAAGAUUUUUUAUUACAUAAUUUUCCUAUAUCACAGAUGAAACCAGUAAUACAGUUACCCUGAUGGCCCAUAAAAUGGCCAUUCUGUAUCUCAAGAAAAGGUUGCAGUUUCUAAAAUGGCCUGCACCAUGCAGAUUGCCAAGAAAAUGCUGCAUAGCUUGAAUUAUUUAAAAAACAUUAUUUUUUAUUGCAUUGGGAGAAAUCUAACCAAACUUAGUUUAAAUCUUUAGAUAACCUUAUUUUCAUUUAAAAAUAUUUCAUGCAUUUAACAUACAAAGUCACAAGUUUACGUGUUUUGUUUUAAACUUUUAAAAUUCAGGAUGAAGACACUGUUUGAAGAGAUCAAAGCAUCAAUUAAAAAUAACUAUAACCAAGAUCGUUCAUUUUGGAGGCCUGUUCUUCCUUGGGGAGGUGUUUUUACUAUCAAAGCUGGCCGCAAAGCAGUAUCCUGUACCCCACUCUAUGUUGAAAUAAGACUGAAAAAUACCUGCACCAUAGACGGAUUCUUGAUGUUACUAUAUGUCAUCCUUAAUGAAAAUGAAAAUUUCCCCAGGGAACUCUCUCUUCAUUUAGGUAGAGAGUUUAUAGACUGUUUUCUUUACUUAAUGGACACCUACAGUUUUACAACUGUGAAGCUACUUUGGAUUUGGGACAAGAUGGAAAAACAGCAAUACAAAUCUGAAGUUCAUAAAGCUUCAUUAAUAAUUGAUUUGUUUGGGAAUGAGCAUGAUAAUUUUACAAGAAAUCUUGAAAAUCUCAUGUCUACCAUUCAAGAGAGUUACUGCUCGAACUGGCGAUGCCCAACUCGACUGCGGGAAGAUCAGCAGCGCAUAAUUAUUAUAAAUCCUCCCCAAGAAAUUCCACAUGGAAACUUGAUACGACUGGCUGUGGAUGAGUUAUUCUGUUCCAAGAUUGAACUGUGUGAAGAGCGUGGGUGUGGUGGCUUAAGAGAAUUUUCCCAACGAAUUUUCUGCCAUGGGGCACCCCCUUUUGUUGUCUUAAAUAUGCAGCAUUGGAAAUGUGAAGAUCUGGCAUAUGUACCGUAUUACUUGGAUUUAUCUGACCACAAGUAUUUGUUGGAAGGCGCCACGUUAUUUAACAAAGAGGAGCAUCAUUAUUCUGCCGCUUUCCAGAUUGAUGGACAUUGGAUGCACUAUGAUGGCCUCAGAAAUGUGAAUUUAAUUUUGUUAAAUAAACCCCCAGAGUUUCUCCUCUUGUCAUCAUUGGUUUAUAUUCGAGCAACAGAGAAAUAAAUAUAGACCGAUGCUAAAUUACAUUGUUUCCCUACUGCCCAUGCUCCCCAGAUUAAGGGCUUCUUUUGUGUAUACUUGGUAUCCAAGGAAAUAGUUCAACUAUACUAGUUUCAGAAGAGUAUGACCCAGUGUUUAGCCCCAGGUAAAUGUUUUCUAUAGAAGAUCUAUGCAAAAUAUUUGUAUUUUUUUAUAUUUCCUGGGUUAUUUUCAUACAAGCAUAUUUUAUGUUGAAAUAAAAUGUAUCUUUUAGCCUUUGUAGUUUUUAUUUAUAUGUACUUCAACAGUUUGGGGGUUCUUCGGCAACGGUUUUUAUAAUUUUGUUCUUGAAUCCGAAAUACUUUGUCCUUUGAAUUCUAAAUUUUCUUUUUUGGAUAUCUAAAUAAAAGCUGGGUAGAAGUCAAUAUUUCAGUUUAUGUGAAUUUAACAGUUCCAAAUACAUCUAUUUCUUCGUCCUACCUCGCUGUAAUCCAAAGUGCACUGUUGGAUCUGGUAUGGAUUUGAAUGUACAACCUACAGAUGGGUUAAUUGAUUUUACCCAUUGAUUUACCUGUUUUGCAUAGAGCAAUGUUUAAAAGUAUAUAGGUGAGAGUGUUUUUUCUGGGCUUGAACUAUUUAUUUAUAAUGGAAAAUUACUUCAACCACUUGCUCUAAAGCAUUAUAAACCUGCCAAGAGAUUUUAAGUGUUAUCUAAGCUUCCAGGCUUAAUUAAAGUUAUUGUUACAAAUUAAUUCUUUUAACUAUCCUAAACUUUUAUCUCAUAACUAGAUCUAAUGGAAAUUGUCUUAAAAUACAUUUUACAGAUAAGUCAACCAUAAAAAGUAUUAAGCAACUGGAUAUUUACUAAUGUUGGACUAACAAUAGAAAUGUAAUUUAUACAUUGAAGAGGAAAAUGAAUGCCUGGGAAUAUCUCUCUUCCUUGUAAAUUUUAUAUUGGCAGAAAAAAAAAUACUUAAAUUUUUGGGGUGACAUCUGCGGGUAGCAUGAGGCUUUGAUUUGCAAUAUAAGUCACUGACUUUUAUACUGAUGAGAAUAUUAUGUCUCUUUAUAAAGACCCUAAGAUCUCUCUUCCUUUCAAAGGAAAAAAAGAGUCUCAAGGGAGAAUACUUUUUGAAAUUUAUCAGCCUCUAUUUUAGUGUUUACAUUUUUAGAAAAGACUCUGCCUUAGGUUUUGCGUUAAGCACAGUAUAUUUGGAGACUUUUAUGUGACAACACACUUCACUGCCACAUACCAAAUUGCAAGGUUUAAUUCAGUAAAUUAAAUCUUCCAUUAGUUUGGUGCCACAUUAACAUAACUUACCAAACAAUGGGAACGAUAAAUGUGGAUAUUUGUAUCACUUUGAGAAAAUGCUAUGAAAAUUCCUUUUUUACACAAAAUAAAAAAUAGUGAUUUAUUUUACAAAGGAAUUUGCCACAGAAUUUAUUUAAAUAGUGUCUCAAGUAUAUUCAAAUAGGAUUUGAUUUAUAGUGAACUUUUCCAUGGACACGUUAUUGCAUGAAUCAAAGUAUACAAAAACACAAAUAUUAAAAUAUACAUGAAUGGUGUCAUUACCAAAGUUAUUCUUCAUGCAGAUUUAUUCUUUUAGCAAUUGCACUUUAUCUGAAAUAAUACUGCUUUAUUACAGAACGAUUUACCUACCUCACAGGGUUGUUGUGAGGAUUAAUGAUAUUUGUUAAAAUCUUGAUCACCUUGACAUAUGCUAAUAAAAAAACAUUUUUUCUAUGUCUUUCAUGUACAGGCGAGUCUCCCAGAUUCUCUCUUACCAAUGGACUUUUCAUAUUUUUUUAAAACUGUUUAGGCAGUAGCUCAUAUUAAUAAUGGAUUCCAAAACUCAGAUAUAUAUAGAUGGAAGUAAUUCUUAAAGUACCUUCUGCUUUUGCUUCUAGAGUGCAGAGAACAGAUUUUUAAAGUGCUCUCCAAAGGAUGAACAUCAUGAAAUAUUCGUAGCAGAUACUUACUAGCAAUGUAUUACAUUAGACUAAACACAUUUUAAUGAAGCAGUCAUAUAUAAUUUACCUCUUGGUUUCUCAGCCCAUGGCCAUAAGGCAAGUGAUUAAUUGAAAUUUUACAAGAAAAUAGGAAGGAUUGGAACCAUUUUGUCUCACUUUAUUUGUACUUCAGUCUCAUUUUGUUUACCUUCAGGUCCCCUACAUGUGUUUAUAGUCCCUGGGAGUACUUAUCUCUGGUAAAUUAGCCUAAAAAUAGAAAUUUCGACAAAUGUAUUCCAAACCUAAUUUGCUUACCAAUUAGAGGAGGUAUACUAGAAUUAGAGGUAUAUACUAGAAAAUAUUUCCAUCGUACCUUCGAACUAAUAUCUGUUGGCAUUUAGUUUGCUCCUUCCAACAGGAUUUACUCAGGAAUUCUCAACCUUGGUAUUACUGCUAUUUUGGACUGUAUAAUUUUUUAUGACAAGCAGGGGUGGGCAGGAGACCUAUACAUUGUUUAGCAGCAUCCUGAGUCUUGACAACCAAAAAUGUCUCCAGAUGUCUCUAUUGAGGGCAAAAUUGUCCGGGUUGAGAACCACUGGAUUAGCUUGAGAAAUACUGUUAAUCACUAGUAGUAAAUAAUACACAAAACUUCAUUUUAAUCAUAUAAAUUACUUCCCAUACACACAUUUCCUAAACCAUCUGCCUUACUAAUAUAAUCCGAGAAGUUUGUGAAUUAAAUUUGAUACUUAAAUAAAGACAAUUUAUGGUAUGUAAGAUUAGUGUUCCUUUUGAUAUCCCUAGUGCCAGGAAUAUGUAUUGUACCACAGUAAUGGAUAAUAAUGGAUCUGCCCUCAAUGCCCAUGGAUGCAGCAGUCAAAAAAUCAAAUGACAUAUUGCAUUGGGCAAAUCUAUUCCAAAAGACCUCUUUAAAGUGUUAAAAACUGAACAUGUUUUAUUCAACAUUGUGCUAGAGGUCCUAGCCAGAGCGAUUAGGCUAGACAAAGAAAUAAAGGGCAUCUGGCUUGGCAAGGAAGAAGUAAAAUCAUCUCUAUUUGCCGAUGACAUGAUCUUAUACACAGAAAACCCUAAGGAAUCCUCCAGAAAACUACUGAAACUAAUAAAAGAUUUUGGCAGAGUCUCUUAAGUUAUAAGAUAAACACACAAAAAUCAUUUGGAUUCCUCUACAUCAACAAAAAGAACGUCGAAGAGGAAAUCACCAAAUCAAUACCAUUCACAGUAGCCCCCAAGAAGACAAAAUACUUGGGAAUAAAUCUUACGAAAAAUGUGAAAGACCUAUACAAAGAAAACUACAAAGUACUACUGCAAGAAACUAAAAAAGACCUACUUAAGUGGAAAAACAUACCUUGCUCAUGGAUAGGAAGACUUAACAUAGUAAAAAUGCCUGUUCUACCAAAAGCCAUCUCUACGUACAAUGCACUUCCGAACCAAAUUCCAAUGACAUUUUUUUAAUGUGAUGGAGAAACAAAUCAACAACUUCAUAUGGAAGGGAAAGAAGUCCCAGAUAAGUAAAGCAUUACUGAAAAAGAAGAAGAAAGCGGGAGGCCUCCUCUACCUGAUUUUAGAACAUAUUAUACAGCCACAGCAGUCAAAACAGCCUGGUACUGGUACAACAACAGGCACAUAGACCAGUGGAACAGAAUUGAGAACCCAGAUAUAAAUCCAUCCACAUAUGAGCAGCUGAUAUUUGACAAAGGCCCGGUGUCAGUUAAUUGGGGAAAAAAUAGCCUUUUUAACAAAUGGUGCUGGCAUAACUGGAUAUCCAUUUGCAAAAAAAUGAAACAGGACCCAUACCUCACACCAUGCACAAAAAUUAACUCCAAGUGGAUCAAAGACCUGAACAUAAAGACUAAAACGAUAAAGAUCAUGGAAGAAAAAAUAGGGACAAAGUUAGGAGCCCUAAUACAAGGCAUUAACAGAAUACAAAACAUUACCAAAAAUGAUGAAGAGAAGCCUGAUAACUGGGAGCUCCUAAAAAUCAAACACCUAUGCUCAUCUAAAGACUUCACCAAAAGAGUAAAAAGACCACCAACAGACUGGGAAAGAAUUUUCAGCUACGACAUCUCUGACCAGCGCCUGAUCUCUAAAAUCUAUAUGAUUCUGUUAAAACUCAACCACAAAAAGACAAACAACUCAAUCAAAAAGUGGGCAAAGGAUAUGAACAUGCACUUCACUAAAGAAGAUAUUCAGGCAGCUAAUAGAUACAUGAGAAAAUGCUCUCGAUCAUUAGCCAUUAGAGAAAUGCAAAUUAAAACUACGAUGAGAUUCCAUCUCACUCCAACAAGGCUGGCAUUAAUCCAAAAAACACAAUAAAUGUUGGAGAGGCUGCGGAGAGAUUGGAACUCUUAUACACUGCUGGUGGGAAUGUAAAAUGGUACAACCACUUUGGAAAUCUAUCUGGCAUUUUUUAAAAGAACUACCAUACAACGUAGAAAUCCCACUCCUCGGAAUAUACUCUAGAAAAAUAAGAGCCUUUACAUGAACAGAUAUAUGCACACCCAUGUUUAUUGCAGCACUGUUUACAAUAGCAAAAAGAUGGAAGCAACCAAGGUGUCCAUCAACGGAUGAAUGGUUAAAUAAAUUAUGGUAUAUUCACACAAUGGAGUACUACGCAUCCAUAAAGAACAGUAAGGAAUCUGUGAAACAUUUCAUAACAUGGAGGAAUCUGGAAGGCAUUAUGCUGAGUGAAAUUAGCCAGAUGCAGGACAAAUAUUGUAUAAGACCACUAUUAUAAGAUCUUGAGAAAUAGUAUAAACUGAG